AACGAAUACUGGCUAACGUUCUCAUUCUCGGAUGGCAAGGAUAAGAAGCUUGGAUGCGCACGCCUGUGGGUCGAUGUGUGCAAAUAUCAUCUACAAUACCACAAGUUCAAGAAAUCAGAUAUCUGGACUCCGACCGAGCUUUACACCCUGAAUUUCCAGGAUAAGCAGCAGAAAUGUUUGCGGGACCCGAAUGCAUUCAAAAACUUCAUCAAUGAGAUCAGCAGUCAAGCAGCACAGAUCAGACGUCGCAGCGGCUCAAGACCAUGA